CCGCUGACGACACCAAAAACGUGCAUCAAAGGUUUACAAAAGUUGAGUUCCUAAAACACUUCUCCCAGUAUCAUAAAAUUACACAAUGCCUGAAAUAUCAGCAAUUGAAGAUGAGAACCUUGACGAUGUCGAAGAAACAGUUCUUGAGAGAAUCUUUGGCUUAWCAGAAAUGUUUCCUGAUGGCUUACGAAAUGUAGUGUCUGCUACUACAGGAUACACCGUUAGUGGAACAAAAUGGAUGUUYAACUUUACGGGCAAAGCACUYUGGAUAGCUGGGACGUCUUUCAUGAUMCUYGCUCUUCCUGUAGUAUUUGAGGUGGAGAGAGUACAGACAGAAGAAGCUCAACUGCAACAGCAACGACAGAUAUUGCUUGGACCAAAUGCUUCUGGUGGAUAUCCAGGGCAGCAGCCUCAAAUAAGAAGAUAGUAUUUACUUCCAAUUAAUUUUCUUUUUAUAAAAAUUAUGYUUGUGUUCUUCUGUUUGUAAUGGUGUAUUGGAAUGUGAAUAAAAGGAAUUAUCAAUUUU